GUGCGUUCUGCGUUGAUUUUUCCCACAGUGGCCGGAAGUGUUGUAGAACGCUACUGUUAUAAAAGGGAGUGCAAAUGGAACCUGACUUCAAGGAGUGCACUGGAGACGCAGAGCUGCUCCCAGAGACCCUGGACAAUGUUUUAAAACUGUCUGAACACGAAUCUGAGACACACAGCAGUCCUCUUGCAGACACCCUUCUGAACAGCAAUGCAGGCGCCUGCAGUGACACCACACAGGACCCCGGGAGCAAGGCAGAGGAUGACAACUUUUUUGACUGCGAGGAGACCCUGGAAAAUGUGCCUCAGGAAGAAGAGGAUGACUACGACCUUAAAGAGGAUCACGUGUCUGAAUUCAAUGAGGAAUAUUUAAGAGAGUUAGAAAAGGAUUUAACAGAAGAAGAAAAACAGAGCAGAAAAGACGAAAGCAUGCAGUUGAAAGAAGGUGGAAACGAGCAGUUUAAGAAAGGAGAGUAUGCGGAAGCAGAGGACUCCUACGCUAAGGCUCUCACAAUCUGCCCCUUUAGUUAUGAAAAGGAGAGGUCCGUUCUGUAUUCCAACAGGGCAGCUGCUAGAAUGAAAAUGGAUAAAAAGGAAGAAGCCAUAUCUGACUGCACGAAAGCCAUAGAACUGAACCCAAAUUACAUCCGAGCUAUACUCCGGAGAGCAGAACUGCACGAGAAAACAGAAAAACUAGAUGAAGCCCUGGAUGAUUACAAAACCAUUGUAGAAAAGGAUCCAUCAGUGACACAAGCACAAGAAGCCUGUAUGCGGUUGCCAAAGCAGAUCGAGGAGAGGAAUGAGAAGCUAAAGGUGGAAAUGAUGAGCAAGCUUAAGGAUCUCGGCAACAUGUUUCUUCGUCCUUUUGGACUGUCAACAGAAAACUUCCAGGUCAACCAAGAUCCCUCUAGUGGCUCCUACUCUGUUAAUUUUGUUCAAAAUCCGAACAACAACAGAUAACACUGUCCUGUUAAAAAGCUGCUGGCCCCCUCGCUUCUGCUGAUAUUACAAAUGCAGCUAAUCUGAUGGGGAUGUCAGUUUCAGCAACUCCCCAAGCUAAUGUCUUCUAGGAAUUUGGAAAAAGAAGUUCCUAAAGUCAGCACUGGAUUCAUAAAGAUCAGCUGAGAAGAGGUUGAGGUUGCCUAUAACCCAUGAUACCUUUAAUGAGCCUCACAGCCAGAGCUUAAUUUAAAGAUAAAUUAUUAAGACAUACAGCUGUGGUAUUUAACAGCAGCAACAUGUUUUGUGUCGCAGUAUUUGUACAUAAUUUGACUGCAUAGUACAUUUGUUAGACAUCAAAAAGCCAAUCAUAGUGUUUUUUGUGUAGGUGAAAUAAAAAUGUUUUGGCUUUUUUUUGUUUGUUUUAUUAAACUGCAGUGGGCUGUUCUAGAAUGGCACGUUGUCUUGCCUAUGUUUUAGAAUCAUGGUUUCAGAAUAUUUCACUGUAAUGUGAGAGAGAGAAUUAUGUCUACGAAGGAAUAAUAAAUACAAGCUAGUCAUAUUUUGGAAAGGGCGUUGGAUGUUGGUUUUCUGCAGUUUGGAUAACGCUUUAUGUGCUAAAGGUUAUCUGCAGGUCAUUCAGCAUUCUUAUUUGCUUAGCUUGCUUGAGUUUACCCCUAAGUAUUCAUGUAUAGGGCUAUACCAAAGUAGUUAUGGUGUCUUGCUAGUUUUACAGUGGUGUAUAAUCUUGGCCCUUAUAUUCCAAAUGUAAUAAGCCCAAAUAACUGUUAUUUCUUUAUUGACAUACCUUUUAGGAUGAGAGAUUACAGUACAAAGCAGAGAACCAGUUGCUUUUGUCUGCUAUAGCAUAUGGGAUAUGGUUCCCUAGUUUGCCACUAGUGUGAAAUGCAUUAUCCUUGCUUUCCAAAAUGGCAUCUUGCUCAUCUCUGUAGGGGUUGUUGCUCUACUGUAUGAUGUGAUGUAAAGAAAGAUGUUUGUUUUUAAAGAUGAGCCUUAGUGCGGUAAAGUAUAUUAAACUUGGACUAGAUUUGAACUUGAGUUAUAACAGUUUACUAUUAUGUGGUGUCUUUUUAUGUGUUGGUUUUCUAUUUACUUUUUAUUUUUACUAAAAGUGUAUGAGAAACACAUAUUUUGAAGCUGCCUUUAUAGAUUGAUAUGAUUACAUUUUCUGGCAAUCUUAGUUUUUAUAUAAUGUCUUACCAAUGUGGCAUAUAAGCUGCACAUUACGGAUAAUAAAAAAAAAGAACAUUGUAUAUUCCAAAGAGCAUUUUCUUCUCUACCAUCAUUGUUAAACAUGGUUUGGUUUCUGGCAUUAGCUGUGAAUGGGCCCCUCUCACAAAAUAACCUUGAAAUACAGCAUGGCAAAGUAAGUACCUUCCUAUCUACUGUGACAGGGCAAAGCAAGCACCUUGUAUAGUUCAUCCUUCAGACUUAUUUGGGUCAUUUCAGUUUUUGCCAUGAGCUUAAUUAAUCAAAAAAUAUAAGUAACAAGCUCAGGUUAGUUCAGUUACUUUCACAGUGAAUUGACAGGAUGUGCAAUGGGUGUUGAAUUGUUACCAAUGCAGAAUCCGACAUACUUUUCACUGCCCAGAAGACACUCCUCCAGUGAAGUUCUUUCCGCAGAUCAGGCAGUAGGGACUACAUACUUGUACAUGGUUGUGAUCUGGGUGUUUGCAGAGCAGGCAGUAGGGACUACAGUACUUGUGCAUGGUUGUGAACUGGGUGUUUGCACAGCAGUCAGUAGGGACUACAGUGCUUGUGCAUGGUUGUGAACUGGGUGUUUGCAGGAAUUCUUGGUGUAAUGUCAUUGCCUGGCUCAUAAGGUGUCAGGGCCGAUCAGCUGUAGCAGCUGCUGAUGUUCACAAUGCCUCCUCAGAGAUGAACGUCAGAGACUCUGACAGUGAUGUGGAGAAGUGGUGCUGCUGCCAGCCUAUUUGUGAUGCAAUUCCAUUACUUUUUACCACACCUCAUCAACAAACAUCAUGACAUGCUACCCCAUGUCCAAUAACGCUUUAGGCUGUUCUGCUGUCAAUAAACAACAUGGCAGGGUUCAGAACACAUAUUCAAAGCAUGAGGCUAAACUAUUUUUACAUUAUCAACUUCAUUCUGUCUUUUGGUUAAUAAACUGCUCUAUUUUGUCAUGUUUUAUGCCUCAAUUAUAUGAUCUUGUGGGGGACUUUGUUUUAUUUAUGGAGCCACUAUCCUUAUAGCAGCCUCUAAGAAGUGCCAAAUACAUCAUUUUUUUUCUGUAAGGAAAGGUGUGUGUGAGUGAGAUACCUUUGAAAUGUUACAGAGUGGUCACUAUCUGAAGAGAAUCCAAUUUCCUUUUCAGUAGGGAAUAAACCUGGUUCCUUAUGUAGUAGUGGGCUUAGUGAUGAAGUAUUAUUGGAAACAUAAGAUAAUUAACGUAAAUAUUAGUAUUGAAACACAGGAUAUUGUCACCACCCCCCAGUAAACAAUCUGUGAUUAAUUUUUAUUUGAAUUGUUACACAACAUUCAUAAAACAUUCAGUUUGAAGCAAACUUUAAAGCUGAAUCACAAUUCAUGUUUCCAUUUUUGUUUUUUUAACUUCACAAAAUAAGAAGGGUAAUAUAAGGGGGGGGGGGGUUAAAUCUUAAUGUGCAGACACAAACUCAAAAGUAAACCGCAGCUUAAAUAUUAAGCAACUAAAGCCCAAAAACGUGAAAAGCAAUACAGUACUGUAAAUUCUACAUUAUAAAAUAUCCCUGACACAAACUUUUUUACAUUUUACAACUUGAAAUUUUACAGACAAAAAAAAAAGGCAAAGGUACUGGUUAAACAAGCACGGCGUUAUUUUAACAGUGAACGCCCAAACAGUUGCCAAAAUAAGUUAACACACAGCAGGUAUUAGGCUGUGGAUCACAAACAAUAACUAUGAAAAUAGCUGUGGCAUAUCUAACCUUUUUUUAGGUGACCACUCCAUUCAUUUCAAUUGUAUAUUUAGCAUCCAUUUUUCAUACUAAUGAAAGGUUGAGACAGAAGAUGCAAACAAUGUAUAAUUCAAAGCAGAGAUAGUAGCCGAAUGUUUUGAAAUUACUCCAGGCACCCUACAAAAUUUCCUUGUUAAAACGGUAUAAGGAAAUCAAUGUGUCAACAGCAUAGCUGUGCUAAAUCUCUAUGACACACUACAGAUAUCCUAUGGUGUCCGAUAACUCAUUCUGUACUUUUAAAAGCAUUUCCCUCACUAGAAAAUGCAGUAUCUCUUUUACAGUAAAUGGCUGACCAUUUUCCAUGGUUAAAAGUUGUAUUUACUGUACAGGUUACAGAAUCCAUUCACAGUUGCCUACCACACACUCUAUUGGCAGUUUCUUCAGGGCUUCAAUAGCUUAUACUUGGAACCUCCACUGACGUUUUUCUCCCCACACGUUCAAUUUUAAUAAAUACACGCACACUUACAAAGUUGCCAAAGACUUCAUAAUGUUUCUUUUAAGCCAAAUACUGCAGAGUAAAAAUGUGUUCACCCCAUAUCAAUGUAAGUGAUAUCCAAGCCCCAGUAUUAUGUGUAAUGUUAUAUCAGACCAUUGGUGCUACACACUGCUGAAUGUUUGGUCACUUGGGUAACCAGUGGAAUGGGUUACACACAAGGUUUUAGACUUCAAAGUGUUGCCUCUGAACUUUAAAACAUAUAGUCUGGUCCUAGAGUUGGUGUGAUCUCAGACCCUUCACCUCCAAUCUCUAACAUAAGGUAUAUAUGUUGACUAUCCAAUGCAGUUCUCUGUCUUAAAAGAAGUGGCCUCCAAAUUUGCUUGGUAAAAAAGAUUAUACAAAAGCGGUUAAAACCUUUUAUGUUAGAAUGACAUAAAACAAAUAAAUCCAGCCUUCUGUACAACAGCCAGUCUAAACACAGACUUUCUUCAUACACACACCCUCCCUCCAAAAAAAUAAAGGUUAACAGUACAUUAACAAGGAAGCAUUAAAACCUGAGUAACCAUUGUCACAAUUGCCAUUUGCACAACUCAAAGCACAUCGUUACAUUUGCACAACUCAUAAAGCACACUGACUAAAAGCAUGUUUCAAUUCUGUAUCAUUUAGAUUUAGGGGAUCGGACAAAAGUCCCGAUAAUUGAUUACAAAAUUCUUGUGAUCCUUAAUUCAGUUUUUAUAAAAUUAAACACUAUGAAACAAUCAGAAAAGAGAUACUGCAUUGCCAUCAUAAUUAACGAUUUUGAACUGUGGGGUAGUUCUAAUGCAGUCAUGGAUUGGCAUCACCCUGUCUCUGCACAAAAGUAUUUGUUCAGACUGCUGCCUAAAAUAGGGCUCAAAAUUGCACUUUUGCAGAAACCAUUAAUUUAACACUAUGUUGCAGUCUAAACUAACCCAAAAUGGUUACAAUUAGUUAAAACCCAGCUUAAUCAUGUGCAGGUUAUUUUGAUUCAUAUAGCUGAAGCAUCUAGCAAGCUGGACAAAAGCAUUAAUCAAUAAUGUACUGAUGAAGCACAUGCAAUAUGAUAUAAUUUAAGCACAUAUUAAAACAUUCACAGAUGGAAAUACAAUCAGUCAACCCUUAAACAUACCAAGCACUGACUAAGCUUAUUGAAGGAGUUAGCGGUUACCAAAUCCUGACAAUAUUUAUAAAAUGUGUAAUGCAAAGAAAACAGUGCAACAUAGGAUUAAAAUCCAACUCUCACCACCAUGAAAUAAUUAAAUCAGCUGUAUCCUACCACUUAACACAGGAGUACAGUUUAAUUUAGUCUGUGUUUAUAUGGCAGAAUAAUGUGUGUUAGAUUAAUUUACCCAGUUAGAAAGCCACUACUGUCACGAUUGCGCUCAAAUGAAUUACAUCUCCAAAUACAUAAACUCAAAUAAAGCAAAUAAACAUGUUAUGGCCAUGAUAGUACUCAUGAAAACAAACAUGGAAGCCACAAUGAUGUUCUGUACUUCACACUUCCUUGACUGUACGAAGUAACAAGUCUGAUUCAUAAAACAGCAACUGAACGCUAACUGUUUGAACAAAGUUAAUGGCAGUUAAAGUCUGACAAGUAACUUGAAAGAGCAUUAUGACACUAGUAUGGCUUUGUUAGACUCAGAAAAACCUAUUUGAAUUAAUAACACGUUUAGUGCUGGACAAACUUAGAGACAUUAGGUCAUCUACAUCUUAAUGAAUUACCUGUUAAUAUCCUGUUAUGUGUGUUCUGUACGAUUCUCUACAGUUGUUUUGCUGAGAUCAUUACGGCAUUUGCCAUGCUUACUAACUAUUCCUGCUAAAAUUGCCUCUGAAAGCAUUCCUCAAUGCUCACUGAAAGGAAGUCAGGUGGGGAAGCAUAUUAGCGUUGCACUGUGUGCAAAGCCCAUAGGAGAAGCACUGCGCAUGCAGCCUGUGCAACGCUAACAUCCUUUCUCACCUCACUUGCUCAGCUUUGAUGUAUUUUUUUCAGAAGCAAGUUUUGCUGGAAUAAUUAGCAAGCACGAGAAACAUGAGAAUCCCACAGAGCACACAACA